AUGACAGCACCGAUUAAACUCAAUAUUUCGGUCAACCCCGUCACCGAUAACCCUGCACCGAAAGGUGCUGAGGAAAAGGUGCAUCACCACAAGAAUGGCAAGAAAAUAUUCCAUAAUCCAUGGCCAAGCUGGCAGGAGCUAGACCCAGAGGCUGUGAAGGCACAUAUAAAGCAGUUAACGAAAGUGGACAACAACCUGGACGCAUCCUUCUACGGCGGAAGCCAACGUACGCGAAAUCCCAUAGCUCGUUGCAUGACCUUGACAAAGCCAAAUUUGGAGGCAGCAGGUAACCAUUUCACAUUGCAGAUUCCGAUUCAACGCCCAAAAUUUUCGCACGAUCGGGUUGUGGGCGAUGCCUCCAAUCUGCGAGCAACCUGGCUCGGUCAUGCUUGCUACUUCGUCGAGUUUCCGAACGGGCUUCGCGUUCUCUUCGAUCCUGUUAUGACGGACAGAUGCUCUCCCACUCAAUGGUUUGGGCCUCGCAGAUUCACGAAGCUUCCUUGCGAAGUCAAGGAUAUUCCAAUCUUAGAUGCCGUUGUCAUAUCCCACAAUCACUAUGACCAUGUCAGAGAUCUCCACCCCGGUAGAUGCUCUCAGGCAGUGUUCAAGGCUAACAUUGGAUUUCGACAGCUGAGCCAUCCGACAGUGACGGAAAUACACAAGAUCCACCCCAAUGCGCACUUCUUCGUCCCGUUGGGAAAUGAAAGCUGGUUUCGCUCUUCUGGGAUUGACCAUGUCACGGAGCUGGACUGGUGGGAGGGUGCCGACCUCGUCUUGAGCCCCCGCGACGAAAAUUUGGAGGACAGGAUUGCUGGGAGCAUCUCGGCUCGCUUUACCUGUUUGCCGGCCCAGCAUACCACAGGCCGUGCCCCUUGGGGAACUGACAUGACGCUCUGGGCAUCUUGGUCGGUCUCGUCCGCAGGGCCAGCAGGGGCUGCCGCCUCCGUCUUCUUUGGUGGGGACACUGGAUACCGUGCGGUUCCGACGCUUGACAGGCAAGACGAAGAUUGGGACGAAAGGUUCGCUAACCUUCCGGUUUGUCCUGCCUUUGCCGAGAUCGGUGAGCAUUAUGGCCCCUUUUCACUAGGUCUUUUGCCAAUCGGUGCGUACAAGCCACGCGCUCUGAUGGCUCCGAUUCAUGCGAAUCCGCGGGAUGCAGUGGAAAUUUUCGCCGACACGGGGUGCAAGCGAGCGUUAGCCAUGCAUUGGGGAACCUGGGUGCUGGGCGAUGAAGAUGUGAGAGAGCCACCACGGAGACUUGAGGAGGCUUUAUUGCUCAAAGGUUUGCCCAAGAAAGGUGUUUUUGACAUUUCUGGCAUUGGCGAGACUGUUUCUAUCCCUUUGUAA